AUGAAGCAGCAGCUGACAAGGUGGCCAAAGAACAGCAUUCACAGGCUAUGGCUUUGGUUUCCUCCAAAUCACAAACAUCCAGAUAUUUCCGGGGAACUAAUAGACUCCGGCGAGACCUCUGCAGAGUCGUUGCUCGCCGGAGAGUUGUCUGAUGGACAGCAGGCCUCGCUGCAAGUUCCGAAAGGGUUCAUAGCGGUAUACGUGGGCCCCGCUGCAAGUUCCGAAAGGGUUCUUCGCAGGUUUGUGAUUCCCAUGAGUUGCUUGUCAUCGCCAGAUUUUAGGGGUUUGAUGGAUAAGGUGGCAGAUGAGUAUGGAUUUGAACAAGAAGGCGCACUUAGAAUUCCUUGUGAUGAAGAAGAUUUUGAGCAUAUUUUGGUCAGGUGUCUGUCAAACAUCAAGAAGAAUGAUACGAAGAGCGGAAAAUAGGUUUUAGU